AUGGCACGGCCGGUUAAGAGGCAAGCAGUACAAGGAGCACAAGAUGAGAUUGAUGAGAAACACCUUUUGGCUUUCAUUGUGAAGGACAAAUAUAAAGAAGAACAAAAAUGCAAAGAAGAACUCGAGAAAUAUUGUAAAGAGUUGAAGGAAGCAGAUAAAAAUCUAGAGAAUGUGGAUGAUAAAGUUAAAGGACUUUGUGAUGAUAAAAAACGAGACGAAAAAUGCAAAGACGUGAAAAAAAAAGUUGAAGAUGAAUUAAAAGAUUUUGAAGAGGAACUUCAAAAAGUAUUGAAUAAUAUAAAAGAUGAAAAUUGCGAAAAAUAUGAAGAAAAAUGUAUACUUUUAGAAGAGACGGAUUAUGAUGUUAUUAAGGAUAACUGUGUCAACUUGAGGGAAGGAUGUUACAAAUUGAAGCGUGAAAAGGUGGCAGAGGAGCUCCUUUUGAGGGCGCUCGGAAAGGAUGUUAAAAAUGGUGAAUGUGAAAAAAAGAUGAAAGAUGUUUGCCCAGUGUUAAGCCGAGAAAGCGACGAAUUGAUGUCUUUUUGCCUUAAUCCGACUAAAACGUGUGAAGAUCUGAAAAAAAAAUUGGAUACUGUUUGUGGGCCUUUAAAAGAAAAGCUUAAAGAUAACGAAUUAGAGGGAAAGUGUCAUGAAAGACUUGAGAAAUGUCAUUUUUACAAAGAAGCGUGUGAUGAUUCAAAGUGUGAUGAGGAUAAGAAGCAAUGCGAGGAAAAAGGAAUCACAUAUAAAGCGCCGGAAUCUGAUUCUAGUCCGGUCAAGCCGAAGCCGUCGUUGUUGAGAAGUAUUGGGUUGGAUGAUGUCUAUAAAAACGCGGAAAAACAUGGGAUUAUUAUUGGAAAAGCAGGAGUGGAUCUACCAAGGAAGUCGGGUACAAAAUUUCUGCAAGAUCUCUUGCUAGUCUUGAGCAGAGAUGAGGAUAAUAAGGAACCAGAAAAGAAAUGCGAAAAAGCGUUAGGAAAAUGUGAUGCUUCUAAGUAUUUGAAUACUGAUUUGAAAGAGUUAUGCGAUCAAAAUAAUAAACAAGAAAAAUGCAAAAAAAUACUAGAUGUAAAAGAAAGAUGUACAAAACUCAAAUUAAAUCUUCAUGUGAAAGGGUUGUCUACAAAAUUUAAAGAAGAUGAAAAAUCAGAUCUUUUAUCGUGGGUAAAGCUUCCAACCUUUUUUAUAAAAGGAGAAUGUGCAGAACUUGAGUCGGAAUGUUUCUAUUUAGAAAAUGCGUGUAAAGAUAAUGAGAUUGGUGAAGCGUGUCAAAAUCUACGAUCAGCGUGCUAUAAAAAGGGACAAGACAGGAUGUUGAAUAAGUUUUUUCAAAAGGAAUUGAGGGGAAAGCUUGGUCUUGUAAGAUAUCGUAGCGAUCCUAAAGAUUGUAAAAAAUAUGUAGUGGGAAACUGUACAAAACUUGAUAAAAAAUAUCUUCCACGAUGUCUUUAUCCUAAAGAACUAUGUUAUGGGCUUUCAAAUGAUAUUUUUCUUCAAUCCAAAGAGUUAAGUUUGCUUUUAGAUGAUCAAAGGGAUUUUCCAUUUGAAAAGGAUUGUGUUGAAUUGAAGGAGAAGUGUGAUGAACUUGGUAGUGAUUCAUUAUUGAAUUUAGAAAAGUGUAUAACAUUGAAAAGACGCUGUGAAUACUUUAAGGUUACAGAAAGAUUUAGAAAAGUAUUUUUAGAAAGAAAAGAUCAUUCAUUAUACGAUGAGCAAAAUUGUACGAAGGCGUUGCAUGAGAAAUGUGAAGCCCUAUUUAGGAAAAGGAGGAAUCCAUUUGAGUUUUCAUGUGCUUUACCAGAAGAAACAUGUAGUUAUAUGGUAUACCAUACAAAAGAUGAAUGUAGUAAUUUAAGAGACAACAUCAAGAAUGGAGGAAUUGUAGGAAAAAUUGGAGGAGCAAAUGGGAAUGAAACAGCACUUGAAGAACUCUGCACAACAUGGGGCCGACAUUGUCAUCAACUUGUGGAGAACUGUCCGGAGCAGUUGAAAAAAGAAGGUGAUAACAAAGAUCAUAACUGUGACAAACUCGAAGAAAAAUGCAGUGAAACUUUUGAAAAGUUGAAAUUGGAAAAGGAGCUGACUCAUCUGUUGAAAGGAAGUUUAAAGAGUGAAGAUGAAUGUAAAAAAACAUUAGGAGAGCGUUGCACUGAGUUGGAAAAGAAAGGAACAUUCAAAAUUCUGCUUAGUGAUUGUAAAGAAGAUAAGAAGCAAAAUGUUUGCAUAAAAUUAGUUAAAAAAGUACAAGAGAGAUGUCCUACUUUAAAAACCGAUCUGGAGAAGGCGAAAAAAGAGUUGAAGGACAAGAAAGAUGAAUACGAUGAUGUCAAACAGGCAGCAAAAGAAUCUACGGAGAAAGCUAAGUUAUUACUAUCGAAGCCUCGAGAAGCCGUAACGCCAAGUGGGCAGAAUAGCAAUGGUUCUGCACCAGUAUCACCGCCUGCACCAGAAUCAGGGUCAUCAUCAUCACCAGCAGAGUCACCAGUACAGCCACUACCACCACCAUCAACUGGUGGAACACCAGGAGCACCAGAUGGAACAUCAGGCACACCAAGCAGUGGAACGACGGGCCCUGCAAAACUUGGACUCGUUAAAAGAGCAUAUGUAGAUGGAGGAGUAUCAGAAGCAGAGGUAAAAGCAUUUGAUGCAACGACGAUAGCAUUGGAAUUGUAUUUGGAAUUGAAAGAGGAAUGUAAAGCUUUGCAACUAGAUUGCGGUUUUAGAAAGGAAUGUGAGAAAACUGAACCAGCUUGUAAAGAAAUAGACACGUUAUGCGAAGGAAUAAAACCAUUAGAAAUUAAGCCUCAUCAUACAGAGACGCAAAAAGAAAUCUCAACCACUACGACGACCACUACGACGACCACUACCACAACAACUACUACGACUACGACGACAACAACUACUACAACCAAGCAGGGAAGUGGAGGAAAAGUAACAGAAGAGUGUACAAUGAUACAAACAACAGAUACAUGGGUGACACGUACGUCAUUGCAUACGAGUACGACAACGAGCACGUCAACGGUGACGUCGACAGUGACGUUGACGUCGAUGCGCAAGUGCAAGCCUACCAAAUGUACCACCGAUUCAAACAAAGAGACAGACAAAGGAGGAGAAGAAGAAGAAGUGAAACCAAAUGAUGGGAUGAAAAUAAGAGUUCCUGAUAUGAUUAAAAUAAUGUUGUUGGGAGUGAUUGUUAUGGGGAUGAUGUAA